AUGAGUCUAGCAGCCGAAUCGCCGUCGCCGUCCCCGUCGUCGUCGAGCGGCAGCGACGAUUUCGCUGCGCUCCUAGACGCGGAGCUGGAUCUCGCCUCUGCCGUCGACUCCGCCUCUGCGGGCGACCCCUCCACAUCACCCACAAGCAGCGAUGACGAAGAGGACGACGAUGAAGACGCGGUGGCCGAUGUAGAAACCGUGGAGCAGAGCAGACAUAUUCAGUUAGAUUACUCUGUGCCUUACAGUUCACAUGGAAAAUGUGAAGUUACCCUAUUCUGCUGUGCUGCUGAAUUGCUGAAGCUUAGGAUUGGCCAAUCAGUUACAGGCACUCCAUUUGCAUGUUGGGGUGCGGAAGCAAGUGCCAAAAGGCGUAAAGUGAAGGUGCAAUACCAAGAUCGAGAAACGGCAAUAAGGCCUGACGAAGAUUCCAUUGGUUCAUCUGAAGAUGCUCAAAUCAAGAUAUGUCCUCCACAUCCUGGAUAUUUUGGUGGACUUUGCUUUAGGUGUGGGAAAAGACAAGACGAGGAAGAUGUUCCAGGGGUUGCUUUUGGUUAUGUCCACAAGGGUUUGAGGCUAGGUACAUCAGAAAUUGACAGAUUGCGUGGAUCUGAUUUGAAGAAUUUGCUGCGUGAAAGAAAACUGAUACUUAUUUUAGACUUGGACCAUACACUUAUCAACUCGACAAAACUCCAUGAUAUUUCUGCUGCUGAAAAUAACCUGGGAAUUCAGACUGCUGCAUCAAAAGACGAUCCAAAUGGAAGCUUGUUCACAUUAGAAGGUAUGCAGAUGCUUACAAAGUUGAGACCCUUUGUCCGUAAAUUUCUAAAAGAAGCAAGCAAUAUGUUUGAGAUGUAUAUAUACACCAUGGGCGACAAGGCUUAUGCAAUUGAAAUAGCAAAGCUUCUUGACCCUCGUAAUGUCUAUUUUAAUUCCAAAGUGAUUUCAAACUCUGACUGCACACAGCGACACCAGAAAGGUCUUGAUAUGGUUCUUGGAGCUGAAAGUGUUGCCGUGAUUCUUGAUGAUACUGAGUAUGUCUGGCAGAAGCAUAAAGAAAACCUAAUACUGAUGGAGAGAUAUCAUUACUUUGCUUCGAGCUGUCGCCAGAUUGGUUUUAGCGUCAAAUCUCUGUCAGAGUUGAUGCAAGAUGAAAGGGGGAGUGAUGGUGCUUUGGCCACUAUCUUAGAUGUUCUGAAGCGUAUACACACGAUUUUCUUUGACUCGGCUGUUGAAACUGCUCUUUCUUCACGGGAUGUAAGACAGGUAAUCAAGAGGGUACGGCAAGAAGUACUGCAAGGCUGCAAAUUAGUCUUCAGUCGGGUGUUCCCGUCCAGUUCUCGCCCACAGGAUCAGUUUAUCUGGAAGAUGGCCGAGCAGCUGGGAGCCAUUUGCUCCGCGGACGUGGAUUCCACUAUCACCCAUGUUGUCGCUGUGGAUGUUGGAACUGAUAAGGCCCGUUGGGCAGUUAAGAACAACAAGAUCCUGGUCCACCCCCGCUGGAUUGAAGCCUCAAAUUUCCGGUGGCACCGGCAGCAGGAGGAAGAUUUUCCCGUGAAGGUGAAGAAGAAUGAAAAGGACAAGGAAAAUGAUGUUGCUGCUGCCACUGGUCCAGCGAAUGAAAAGGAUAAAGAAGAUGAUGUUGUUGCUGCUGUCACUGAUCCAGCGAAUGAAAAGGAUAAAGACGAUGUUGCUCCUGCUGCGACUGAUCCAGCGAAUGAAAAGGAUAAAAAAAACGAUGUUGCUGCUGCUGUCACUGAUUCAAUGAACUCAUAA